ACACAAACGAAGAAGAAGAAUGAGCAGGAAGUGGCGACACGGAGGAUUGUUGACAGUUGAACUAGCGCUUGCUAGGUGGUAUGCAACUUUACCGACAUAUUCCUAAAGCUGUCGUUCAGUAUGACUUCUCCAGAAGACAGACAUGGGACAAAGCGAUCUGCAUCUCCCGACCAAGACGACUCGACCCAGUGGGCGUCUGCUGACUUAGGAAGCAGUGAGAGGAAGCAAAAGUUUUUACGGCUGAUGGGCGCUGGCAAGAAGGAACACACUGGGCGACUUGUCAUUGGCGACCACAAGUCGACGUCCCACUUACGCAGUGGGCAGGAAGAUAAGAAGAUCAACGACCAGCUGGAGAUGCAGUUCCAGCAGGGCAUGGAUGGGAAACUGUCAGGCCGGAACCGGAGACACUGCGGCCUUGGUUUCAGUGAGCCUGAGCCACAGCCAGACCCACAGCCAGAGUCGUUCCCCUCACCUCCAGUAGAGGGACAGACAAAAGAAGCCGAGCCAGAGAAGUCCACCAGUGAAAAAGAACCCACAGAAGCUCAUGACAAAGGCUGCGAUCCUGACCCUGAGGAAAAAACCCCAGACCAGGCCAAGACCGGCUCAGACAGUAGGAACGAAGGAAGGAAACACAGCUACAAAAUGGCCUUUGUGAAAUCAACGUAGGGACGAGGGGCUGGGCAAGGAGGGAUUAGUUUUUGUAAUCUCAAAUUUGUACAGUUUGAUGUUAUUCGUUUGAACGUAGAUGGUGAGCAGUCACUUACAUCAUUCACACUCACGCUCGUUGUUUGACUAUAUUCUUGGUGCAUGUCCGCAAAGAAGUAAGUCUGCAGGCUGAAACAUCAGCUUUCCACCGAGUGGUGUUUCAUCAUGUUAAGAUGGAAAAAUCGUCCCAUUUUUAUUUUGUUUAAACAUUUUAACAGACGCUGCAUUGACCUGUAUUGUGUUGGAUAAUCAGGAUUAUUUGCCACACAGCAUGGUUGGUGUACACAUUAUCAAUUUUGUGAUUUCCUGUUUGAAAACCAAUAAAAGGAAGUGUCAGUUGUAA